AUGGCUGAGUCAAUGUAUACAAUUCUAUUACUUUUAUGUAUUUUUGCAACUCAGAUUGUACAGGGCAGGAUAACCUUCUAUGUACACGUACACGAAGUGCAGAUCCCUGGGAAUAAACUCCAGGACGGGUCCUGUUGCCAGGAUGUGACUGGCAGUAACUGUACUAAGCUGUGUAAACCUGUACUCACUGUAUGUCUCAGAAAUGACAGAGAAACAUGUAAGGCGUCCUUUACCACGACGCUGGACAUGAACCGAGAUGACGUCGUCUAUGGUUCCAAACUAGGCAAUGCAACAAAUCCGUUGUUAUUCUCAGUAGACGAUUGGAUAAAAUACACAGACCAGCUGAUAUUUGAGGUCAGAGACAUGCAGAACUCCUCAUCUCCGCUCAUCUUCCACACCGAGGUGAACGCCAACAGUCUCUUAUUGGGACGGGACAUUUUCACCCCAUAUUACAAAUGGGAAACCUUAGUAGCGGCUCCUUAUUUACAUAACAAUAAUACCUUCAGGAUAAGAGUGACGUACAAAGCGUUUUGUUCAGAGGGCUACUAUGGAUCAGGGUGUAGGUAUUAUUGUCCAGGUAACCCACAAAAGUGUGUCAUCUAUAGACAGACAUACUGUAAAACAGGGUGGCAUGGCACAAACUGUGAUGAGGACUUCAAUGAAUGCGAUACAGCAGAUUUUUGUAGGCAUGGCAACUGUACAAAUACUAUUGGUGGCUUCCAUUGUUCCUGUCCCAUUUCCUCUUCCGGUCUGAGAUGCCGUUACGACGGGGAUGAAUGCAUAAUGGAACUCUGUAACGGUGGAGAGUGUGUCAAUCAAGUGAGAGGUUACGAGUGUCUCUGUAAAAAUGGAACCAUGGGUAAAAACUGUGAGAAUCUCACAGAUACUCAAUGCUCAAAUAGCACAUGUAAUAAUCAUGGAUCUUGCAGCGAACAAGACGGGAGAGCUGUGUGUUCUUGUAUCCCUGGAUAUACCGGAGCUGACUGCUCCUUCAAAGACUUCUGUUACAACAACCUCUGUCAACACGAGUCUACUUGUGUAAACGGAAAAAGAAAUUAUACCUGUCACUGUCCAAAAGGCCUCAUGGGUCCAUAUUGUAAAUCUGUGGAUCACUGCGCCAGUAAUCCUUGUCUUAAUUCAGGAAUCUGUACAAACACACUGACAAAGUAUCAAUGUGAGUGUGUGGAUUAUUUUUUCGGGACAACUUGCAGCGAAUACAAUUACUGUGGCGGAAAUUGUAGUGGAAAUGGUAUAUGUCACGUGGUUGGGAAUGGCCAUAACUGUACGUGUAACCCUGGAUUUCGAGGUAAGAACUGUGAAUACCGGGACUACUGCGUCAACAUCUCCUGUUCUAACCACGGUGAUUGCUACAGUGCGAGUAAUGGCUUUAUUUGUUAUUGUAAUAGAGGGUUCGGAGGCAAAACGUGUAAUCUGACAAAAUAUUGUAAAUAUAAUUCCUGUUCCAGGCCAUUUAUUUGUAACGACUAUAACAACAAUAGCUAUACCUGUGAGUGCCCAGUUGGCCUAUAUGGAAGUUCGUGUCAGUACGUUGACCGCUGCCACAAGAACCCAUGUGGAACAAACGGAAAGUGUUUGUCUCAGAAUGACACGUAUCAGUGUACAUGCAAUUCUGGUUGGACUGGCUUCAACUGUUCAGAGGCUGACUUUUGCAGCCCCAACCCAUGUCAAGAUAAUGGAAACUGCUCCUCUUCAUCAAAUAAUUUUACUUGUUCAUGUGAGACUGGGUGGGUAGGCAGAGAUUGUAGUCUCCCAGACCCUUGCCAGAACCACACUUGUAUAAAUGGAGAAAAAUGUUCGGUAGAAAUUGAGCAAAAGGUUCAAGUCCAUACAGGUUCCGAUCCUUUCUCGUUAAUAACACCAUCCACAGCCAUUAUAGAAGUUGCAACUGCUAAAUGUCAUUGUCCUGGUUUGAACUGUUCAAGAAGAGAUUAUUGUGCCUCGUUCCCUUGUAUGAACAACGGAACUUGCACAAAUGCAAAUACAACGUUCCUUUGUACUUGUUCAAAAAGCUGGUAUGGGAAAAGUUGCAGCUUUUAUGAUUUCUGCAGCUCGUCGCCAUGCUCAAAUGGCGGUGUUUGUCGUCUUAACUCUCAACAUAAUGACUUCUCAUGUGAAUGUACGACUGGUUGGGUCGGCAAAACAUGCCAAAGUCGCGAUGCUUGCCUAGCAACCCCAUGUGUUAACAAUGGUAUAUGCGCCAACGUCAACAACUCGUACUUUUGCACCUGUCCUUCAGAAUGGACUGGUAAAAAUUGCCAAUACUACAAUUACUGCACCCAACAUCCAUGUGGGGACAAUUCAACCUGUGUUAGCCAUGCUAAUUCGUACUCCUGUAAAUGUGAACCUGGGUUCAUGGGUCAGCAUUGUGACAUCAUUGACCGGUGCCAUUCCCAUCCCUGUCUCCACAACGGCACGUGCAUUUUGGAGCCGUACGGCUAUCGCUGUCACUGUCUAGGAGGGUACACCGGGGAUCAGUGUGAACGAGAUUUAGAUGAGUGUACGUUUGAUCUUUGCCCUGCUAAAUCAACAUGUUACAAUAAAGAUGGUGGAUACGAGUGUGUUUGGAAUAGAAGUCGGCGGCGAAGAAUUCCAGAAGAUUUGGGGAAUAAAUAUACGGUUAAUCUUUCUGUCAACAUUUCCACAUUUGAUCUUAAGAAAGUCAUCGCAGAUUUCCAUUCAACAUUUUCGGAAGAAUUUUGCUCACCAUCUCAAUAUACAGUCUUCAAACCAAUAAAAAUAGUAGUCCUUUCGAGUAACAACCAGCCAAUCAUAUUCCAAUAUUAUGCUUCAUGUCAGGGCAUUAUAAAACAUAGUGGGAUCCAUGAGUUAGAGGAAAAACCGUGAACAUUUAGUUUCCUAUCAUAAUGUGUACCAAGGAGAAAUCAAACUAUAUUAAACUAUGAACUGGCUUCAUUUAUUUUGUAGGUCAAGGAUACUAGUAUAUGCUCUCUGUUCCAAAACUUUCAUUCCGGAGCGAUAUCUCAAGCUUUUGCAGUGGAA